UUAUUAUUAUUAAGUCUGAAGAAGGAAAUUUCCAGCAGAUAAAAUGUGUCACUCUCCCUCAACGACUACAGUCAAUCUCCACCGUGCACACUAACUGCCAAGAUCCAUCAACGGUUAAAAAAAAUCCGCCAAUCUACACGACCAACCCCGUCUGUGUCACCAAGAAUCAAUUUUCAAACUAGAUUUUCGACAUCCUAUCUAUAAAUAACCCCCAAAUUCAUUCGCCAAUACUCGCAAACAUUUGGCGUUCCUUGAGAAACCCAAACCUUUCUCGUCUGCAGUUUGAGUUGGGUUCAUCUCUUAAGGUUAAGGAAAUGGAGACCUUCUUGUUUACCUCCGAGAGUGUGAACGAGGGACACCCCGACAAGCUCUGCGAUCAGAUUUCUGAUGCGGUUCUUGAUGCCUGCCUCGAGCAAGAUCCUGACAGCAAAGUUGCAUGCGAGACUUGUACCAAGACCAACAUGGUGAUGGUCUUUGGUGAGAUCACAACCAAGGCCAACAUAGACUAUGAGAAGAUCGUGCGUGACACCUGCCGUAAGAUCGGAUUCACUUCUGAUGAUGUUGGUCUUGACGCUGACAAAUGCAAGGUUCUUGUCAACAUUGAGCAACAGAGCCCGGAUAUCGCCCAGGGUGUCCACGGCCACCUGACCAAGCGCCCUGAGGAGAUUGGUGCUGGCGACCAGGGUCACAUGUUCGGUUAUGCCACCGAUGAGACCCCUGAGUUGAUGCCCCUCAGCCAUGUGCUUGCCACUAAAUUAGGUGCUCGUCUCACCGAGGUUCGUAAGGAUGGUACUUGUCCCUGGUUGAGACCUGAUGGGAAGACCCAAGUCACGGUCGAGUACUACAAUGAGAAUGGCGCCAUGGUUCCAAUCAGGGUCCACACUGUUCUCAUCUCCACCCAGCACGAUGAGACCGUCACCAAUGAUGAGAUCGCGAGGGAUCUCAAGGAGCACGUCAUCAAGCCCAUCAUCCCCGAGAAGUACUUGGACGAGAAGACAAUCUUCCACCUGAACCCCUCAGGCCGCUUUGUCAUUGGUGGACCCCAUGGUGAUGCCGGUCUCACAGGGCGUAAGAUCAUCAUUGACACCUACGGUGGUUGGGGCGCCCACGGUGGUGGUGCCUUCUCCGGGAAGGACCCAACCAAGGUCGACAGAAGUGGUGCCUACAUUGUUAGGCAGGCCGCCAAGAGCAUUGUCGCGAAUGGACUUGCACGGAGGUGCAUUGUGCAAGUCUCGUACGCGAUUGGUGUGCCUGAGCCGCUAUCUGUCUUUGUCGACUCUUAUGGCACCGGAAAGAUCCCCGACAAGGAGAUCUUGGAGAUGGUGAAGGAGAAGUUCGAUUUCAGGCCCGGAAUGAUCUCCAUCAACUUGGACUUGAAGAGGGGCAACAACGGGCGGUUCUUGAAGACAGCAGCGUACGGCCACUUCGGAAGAGACGACCCCGACUUCACGUGGGAGGUCGUUAAGCCCCUCAAGUGGGAGAAGCCCCAGAACUGAAAUCCUUCAUAUGGUUUUUGAGGUAUUGAAUAAUACUACUACUACUUUUGCUGCUAAUUUCACCUCAAGUGGUGCGUGCUUCAUGCUUCAUGCCUCAUUCGUUUUUUGGUUUUUCUUUUUAGUAGUGUGGUUUGAGCAUCUCCUUGCUUACCAAGAUGCUAGAAUAUUUAAUUUGGAGGAAUGUGGUGUAGUAGUAUGUAACAUACAUGUUUGAGUGAGUCAUAUUGUUAACAGCUGCAAGAAAUGGUGAUGUACUGAUGUUAUAGAAUCAGCUGUUGGGAUUUGUCAUAUCAAUGAAUGAAUUGUUUGCAAUUUUAAUAAA